AUGAAGCGCGGGCCCAGCGUCCCUGUGCUCGAUGCAGUGCCCAGCUACGAGGCGUUUUUGGAAACGUAUUUGCUGCCGAAUCGUCCGGUCGUGCUUCCCCCUGCCUUGGUCGAGGCAUGGCCCGCGUUUCGCGAGUGGGCAAGCGACGGCGUGGCGGACUGGGAUACGUUGCGCGCAAAGUAUGGCGAGCACACGGUACCUGUAGUGAUCACGACACCCUCUGGUACGCAGCAUACCGAUAUGCGUGUCGACAAAGCGGUGGAACAGAUUCCUGCCAUCCAACAAGAAGGCGGGUCGUUGUAUAUUAAAGACUGGCACUUGGUACGGGGCCAGCGCGGCGCGGCGCCCACAUCGAUGCCGUACUGUACGCCGUACCUAUUUGCCGACGACUGGAUGAACAAUGUCACUUCACAACCUACGCACGAUUGCGCCUCCGUGCCGUACUACCCCGAUGUGUGGCUCGCGACGCAACACGAUGCGUAUACGCAGGACGAUUUCCGGUUCUGCUACGCAGGCACGGCUGGGUCUGCCACCCCGAUCCACCGCGACGGACGCAAGCGCUGGCGCCUGUUUGCGCCGCCAGACGCACACUUGCUACGACGAUUCCCCGGGCGGAGUACCUCCGAGACCGCCUCUACGUACGCAGAAAUGGAGGCGCACCGUGCCCAUGACGAGCUUGGCCAAUUUCGUGACGGCAAGCUAGGAUGGCCAGGGUGGGAAGAUGCGCGGUUGCGUGUCUAUACAGUCGAGCAAGGCCCUGGACAAACCAUUUUUGUGCCCUCUAAUUGGUACCAUGAAGUGGAAAAUGUGACGGACUGCAUCAGUUUGAAUCACAAUUGGUGCAACGCAGUGAAUCUAGUAAGCAUGUACAAUGCUAUGGAGCAAGAGACGGACAAUGUAGCUGAAGCGCUGGUCGAUGUGCGCGACAUGAUGCAAGACGCGAAUCCCUCCGCGUGGCAGCAAGACUUUGUGCAAGUCGUCCAGGAUGUCGUGCACCAGGACGCGGGCUGGGCAUGGGACGCAUUUUGGCGCAUGGUCCUACACAACCUACAAACACCGCCAUGCGCGCCAUCACUCCGCCCACCCGCGGCCUUUGUACACCAACAGGUGCGCGCACUUCUCACACGCUUCGCCGCACGCCCCGAAACGCCGUGGCUCGGCGCACCGCUCCACACACACCUCCACGCGCUCCAACAGUUAAUUGGCGCACCUGCAUAA